AUGUCAGAUCUGUUCCGGGCGGCGGCAGAAGCGGGGCCUUGCGACAUCCUGAAGAUGCUGACACUCAGCGGCGGCAUGCUGAACGUGUCAACCCGACUAGAGGCCAACAGUGAGGACUCGUACUACAGACUGCAGGCCGUGGCUUCAGAACCCGCUGCAGUUUCGAUGCCGACAGAGUUGAACAACCUGGAGUCCAGGCUGAAGCUUCUCGAUCACAAAGUCAGCAAGGCGGCGACACAAAGUCCCAACAUCAUGUGCGAGGUGAAGAGUCAUGUGGAGGCUGCAAAGACAAAACUGCAGCAUGUGGAACACCUGAGCUGGAUCGGUCUGGUCAGGGACCACAGCCACCAUCAGAUGUCCAGGUUCUCUCGAAAAUCCAGACCAGCUCAGCAGAGCGUCCAGGACGGGCAGGAACACGUCCACACGCAGUUUCUCAGCAUGAGUUCACUGCAGUUGACAGAAGAAGUCAAAGAACAUCUCAAAACAACCAUUUUUGACAACUGGCAGUGGGAGGAGUCAGAGAUGCUCCUCCUCCUCCAGGUGAUGUACACGGACCUGGACUUUCUGCCCAUGCUCCACGUAGAGCUGAAGGUCCUCCAGAACUUUCUGUACCAGGUCUACCGUCACUACUCCAACAUCCCCUUCCAUAACUUCCAGCACUGUUUCUGUGUCACCCAGAUGAUGUACGCCCUGAUCUGGCUGACUGACCUCAGGAACCACCUGGACCCACUGGACCUGCUGAUCAUGCUGACUGCGGCUCUGUGCCACGAUCUGGAUCAUCCUGGAUACAACAACGUCUACCAGGUAAACACUCAAACCGACUUAGCGCUUUGCUACAACGACAUUUCUCCUCUUGAAAAUCAUCACUGCGCCGUCGCGUUCCGUAUCCUCUCAAAGCCAGAAUGCAACAUCCUGAAGAAUCUGAAUCAGGAUCAGUUCAAACACGUCCGAGCAGGAAUUAUCAAAUGUAUCCUGGCCACGGACAUGGCGAGACACAACGAGAUACUAAACCGUUUCAGACUGAUGCAGCCCGAGUUCAGCUACACAAACUCCGAGCACAAAGAAGUGCUGAUGAAGAUCCUGGUGAAGGUGAGCGACAUCUCCAAUGAGGCCCGGCCGAUGGCGGUGGCAGAGCGGUGGUUGGACCGCCUGCUCCAGGAGUUCUUCAACCAGAGCGACUGUGAAAAACUCAAAGGCCUUCCUGUGACUCCAUUCAUGGACAGAGACAAAGUGUCCAAACCGUCCUCGCAGACCGGAUUCAUCUGCUUCGUUGUGCUGCCGCUCUUCAUUGAGGUCAUCAAGCUCUUCCCCUGUCUGGAGAAACAUAUUCUGAAGCCGGUCCAAGCAGCUCUGCACCACUACUCCAACCUGGAGAGAGCCGCUGAGCAGGAGGAGGCGGAGGCCAAAGCCUGAGGAGGAGGAGGCCAAACUAAAAAUGUUAAAUUCCAAAACAUCCACAGGUUAACUGAUGUCAU